AUGGCGUCGACCACGUCCUUCAAGGACAGAAAUCUCAUCGCUGUCAUAGGAGAUGAGGACUCAAUAACAGGUCUACUUCUUGCAGGCGUCGGCCAUAUCAACGAGCAUCAGAGGAAGAACUUCCUCGUCGUCGACUCUAAAACACAAAUAUCAUCGAUCGAAGCUGCGUUCCAGGAGUUCACCCAACGGAAGGACAUCGCAAUCGUCCUCAUUAACCAGCAUAUAGCAGAGAAGAUACGACCGACGGUAGACCGCUAUCAGGAAGCAUUCCCUACGUUGCUCGAGAUACCCUCCAAGGACCAUCCAUAUGACCCUUCGAAAGAUUCGGUAUUGAAACGCGUUCAGAAGCUUUUCGGCGAGUAGACUGCAUAUCCUUUGUUACAUCACUCGUAUUGCUAGGGGUUCGUGCAUAACCGCAGUUGAACGUCCCUUUGUACCAUAUAAUACAGAUGUGCAUGGCAAGCAGUAGUCUACUAUGCCUAGAUAAUGGAUAGGCCUCCCAUACCUUCGAAUUAGGUAUCGGGGUGGCAAGUUCAGUGUUUUAUACCGAAGUGAACCGCAUAAUGGGCUCAUUUUCCCGGACACCUGGUGCUCGUUCAACGAACACCCUCACUGGAUGCCGGGUUUCUGAGUCUAAGGUUGAAACUUUGACAUCAGUA